UUAAUGGCUUGAAGGUUGUAGAAGGAGAAGAAAAAAAACGUGACAGCUACUCUACAAAAAAUAUAAACCACUUAAUUGAUAGUUCACUCUAAAUACUCUUUAGCCUUAAGAAUAUAUUGAAAUUUGUGUUUUCAAUUUUUUAAAAUUGAAAAAGUUAUUUUUUCUAUAGAAAACGUUGAUUUUUGAUUUCUUAAUAAAGCACAGUUGUCAGUACACUUUGACCUUUUGGUUCAGGCCAACCGUCACCAUAACUUAUACUUAUCAUCGUCAGCUUCGUUUUGAAGUUGGAAGAACGAGCACGGAACUUGGCUCCGGCAAGUCAAUGGCAAGCGCAAGCGUUGGCGAAGAAGAACAUAAUAAUAAUAAUAAACUGAUUCUGUAUUCAUAUUGGAGGAGUUCAUGUUCCUUCCGACUCCGAAUUGCUCUUAACGUCAAAGGGCUCAAAUAUGAGUACAGAGCUGUCAAUCUGUUGAAGGGAGAACAAACUCAUCCUGAGUUUCUCCAGCUCAACCCUAUUGGUUUUGUUCCCGUUCUCGUCGAUGGUCCUGCUGUAAUUUUUGACUCUUUCGCCAUUAUUAUGUUUUUGGAGGAUAAGUAUCCUCAACAUCCUUUGCUACCCACUGAUAUUCACAAAAGAGCUAUCAAUUUUCAGGCUGCUAGUAUUGUUUCCUCAUCUAUACAACCUCUUCAUAACCUAAAUCUCCUGCAGAAAUACAUCGAAGAAAAAGUUGGCCCUGAUGAAAAGCUUCCAUGGGUCCAGGGUGUAAUUAGAAAAGGCUUCACAGCACUUGAAAAGCUAUUGAAAGAACACUCUGGGAGGUACGCUACUGGAGAUGAAAUUUUCAUGGCGGAUAUAUUUUUAGCGCCUCAGUUACAUUCUGCAUAUAAGAGAUUCAACAUUCCCAUGAAUGAGUUCCCUAUUCUAUCAAGAUUACAUGAGACAUAUUAUGAGAUCCUAGCAUUCCGGGAGGCCUGGCCAGAGAAUCAGCCAGAUGCAGUAGGCUAGCUGAGUCAAUAAUUUGGCAUUGAUGUCACCUUCUUUGAAGAGCACCAUAUUUCAUCUCUUCGGCUGAUCCUAAUGUACUUUUAAGGGUCCUACCUACUUCUAUUUUGGUCCACCUUUAUCUCCUUUAAAGGUCCAAUUGGCGGGUUCUACAACUGUCGAGACUUGAGAUUCAAUCAUAUCCUCAGCAGAAACCUCUCAUUAUGCGUCAUGAUCGAUGGGAUGUCAUUCUAGAUUUCCAGCAAUUGAAGAAGCCAAUGAGAAUAGCAAUGAGUCGUUCCUGACUCCAACGGUUUUUCAUAAUGCUGAUCUGUACAAUAUGAAUGAUAACUUUUUUUUGAUGAUUAUCUACCAAUUGCUCUUCAAAAAGAUACUCGACCAACUUGAAACCCUAAUCACAUUCACAAUUUUCCAAGUUUUCAUUGUUUAUCUUUAGGCUCUCUCAUUUGAGAUAGAGGCAACGGCAUGCCAUGAUGAGAUGAUUGCUCCUGAGCAUAGCGGCAUGUGGGACUUAGUUCCUCUUUUCUAAGAAAAACAUUUUUUAUAUGUUAAUGUGUUUAUUAUGAAGGUUUAUUUAGAAAGGCAAAUAGAUCGUUUAAAAGUUUGCUAGUUGCAAAA